AUGUUUCAAAGCCGACAGGCCGCUUCUUCCCCAGCCAGCACUGGGCGAAGGCUUCUGGUCGUCAUCGGAGCCUCGGGAGGAACGGGCGCUGCGGUGGUAGAGGCAGCUUUGGCCAAGGACUUCCGCGUCCGAGCUGUGGUCAGGAGCACCGCUCGUUUGAGAGAUGCGUUGGGUGAGCUCAUGCACCACCAGCAUCUGGAGGUUGUUGUCGCAGAUCUCGCGGAAGCCUCGCUUAUCUUUGAUGCAGUGGUCGGCGCUUCUGCGGUGCUCUGCACUGCUGGAGCUAACCCGGAGACCGCGCCUGGUCCGGUGGCUGCUGCCAUGCCGAACAUCGUUGCCGCCUGCCGGAAAGCGGGAGUUCUCCGGCUCGUAGUGCAGGCAUGUGCUUUGGCCGCCGUUCCCGGUGAAUGGUGGGGUCUCCUCACACCCGGGCGGCUCACACGCGCUGUCGUCCGGUGGCAGCUGUCGUCCAACACCGUGGACGAUGGCGAGCGAGUGAUGAGACACGCUCGUCAGUAUCACCGCCAUUCGCACAAGUCGGUAGUGAUCAGCAGGUACUCGAAGAAAGCAGACCACUUCGACCAGGCAGCCCUGCGAAGGCAUGCUGCCCCCGUGGCCUCCUGGAUCGCCUAUGGCCCAAAGGGACGGGUUCCCGAAGUCAAGGAGCUGAAUCUCUUGAAGCAGCUCACGGACAAGAUGGAUGAUUCACGGCUACCAUCUCGUUUGAGAGAUGUCCUCUUGGACAUGCAAGGUUUUCUCCAGUCUCUCCCUAGAAGACCGGCCAAUGAUGCUUGGAAUGAGGCAGAACGGCAGCUGCAAAAAAGUCUUCGGGCGUUGCGCCGUCGGUGUGAUAAGUCGUUGGCUGAUCUUGUGGUGGCUGGUACAGAUGACGAUAUUGCUGAUGCAGAACGGACACCAAAAGCCGAGUUGGACGAAGUCGUGCAUACUUUUGGAAACGGAAGAACGGCCCAUUCGGCAUCUGUCGGUGCAUCUGCCAAGUCUGACCAGCAUAUGACAUUGUUCAGACAGAUGAAUGAGUGGGGUUUUCUAAGCGAUGCUCAAAAGUUGGAGCGCUUGAAGCAAGCAGAGCAGGCAGUAAAGUGCCCUCGGAGGAGUCUGAGCCAAGCAGAGUUGACGGAAAUCGUCAUCCUGGCUGCAGCUUGCCUGGCCGCUCCUCGCAGAGACGGCAGGCCUGCUGAAAAUUUCAGCGACGCUGAAACAGCUGCCGCUGCGGAAUCAGACGAUCCGAAUCCUGAUCUGCAGGGACGUGUGCGGUCGUUGUUCCUGCACGUUCUCCAUGUGUGGCGGAUGAACCAGUUCGACUGUCAUGCCAUCGAACAUGUCCUAGAUUUCGUGCAACAGAAGAUCAGCAAGUUUGAGGACAAGGUCGGCGAGAUUGCAGGUGCGGCUGCGGGGAUGGCUUGGCUGAAAAUUAAGCAGGUAGUGGACCAGCUCAUGCUGUCGACAGAGGCACCUUCGGUCACACAGGUGCAAGGCUCCCAGCUCGCUACAGAAAUCCACGGUGAAGCUUCUCAUCAGCUAAAGCCUCACAGGGUGCGAGUAAGACUCGAGCGCCAGAGUGGCAUCCAAAACAUCACCUGGAGUGUGGUGGGAGGGUCCUGGAAAUGCCAGUGUUUCACCAGGAAUGGCACGAAAUGGAAGAAUACAUGUCGGUCAUUUCCCAUCGCCAAGUUCCUUGAGCAGGGCCUUGGAGAUGAGGCGGCUGUCGAGGCCGCGCUUCAGGAAGCUAAGGCUUACCGUGAGGAGCUCGUGCACCAGGGCAAGUUGAAGCCGCCCAAGCCCAUUGCUGCGACCUUGCGCUCAACAGUGAGGGGCGUCUUUUUUGACAGAAGUCAGCAGAAGUGGCAUGUUCGGCUGUAUCAUCCGGUCACGAGGAAGCAAGUAUAUGGUGGCUGCUUCCGUGCCAAGGAGAAAGCCGAGGCCAAGGCCCGGGAGCUGGCUUCGCAGCUCGGGGUUCAGCCUGACAUCGAGGUGCUGCCGGUGAGGAAGCUCUCAGACCUGCGAUGUUUUGAGAAGCUCGGCCCUGAAAAGGGCGUGACGUGGGAUGUGAAGGCCCAGUGCUGGCACGCCCAAUGCUACAUCAGAGGCAAAAAACUGGGCAUUUUCACGCGGCCCCAGGACUUCUCGAACCAGGCUGUAAAGCAGGCCUGGGACGAAGCAGUGUCUUGGCGAAGGCAGCAGAUCGUGCAGAAGCCUCGA